GGGCAAGUACCGUCUCCCGUCUUCCCCAGGGCGAUCGUGCGUCGCUUACUACGCAGUCAUGACCUCUUCAAAAGCGUCCUCUUCCCUUCCCUCCACAGCUUCCCUCCGUGAGUCCACGUUGCGUCGUUCUCCUUGCCGCGAUCAGCCGACUUCACGAUGGCCGUUAGCGCUGCCCAUGUCCAGCUCUGGCUGGGCCUACUAGUGAUAGCCAGCAUUCUCUACACAGCAUGUCUCGUAGUGUACCGGCUAUUCUUCCACCCGUUGGCCAAGUAUCCGGGCCCGUUCCUGGCCAAGCUCACGGAUGCCUACAUGCUCUACUACGCCUGGAGAGGCGACCGUCACCUGGAGUUUUGGCGGAUGCACGAGAAGUAUGGCAAAGUCGUGCGGUUCGGGCCCAACUCGCUCUCGAUCAACUCCAACACGGCUCUGAAGGACAUCUAUGGCUUCCGGGCCAAUGUGCGGAAGGCCGAGUUCUACGACGCCUUUGUGCACCCGGCCCCGAACACGCACAAUGCGCGGGAUAAGGACCUCCAUGCGCGGAAGCGCCGUGUGCUCUCGCACGCCUUCUCGGACGGCGCCAUCAAGGAGGUCGAACGCUAUAUCCUAGCCAACAUCAGGACCUUCUGCGAGGCCAUUGGCGACUAUGGUCGGGCCAUCCAGGACAAGAAGGGAUGGAGCUCGCCCAAGAACAUGUCUGACUGGUGCAACUGGCUGGCGAUGGAUAUCUUGGGCGAUCUUUGCUUCGGAAAGGCCUUCCACAUGCUCGACCGCCCGGACAACCGUUACGCCGUCGAUCUCGUCGGCGUUGCAGCGCAGCGUCAUCUCCUGUGCGGAACAAUGCCCAUUAUCAAUAAACUCAGCCUUGACAAGAUCCUCUUCCACAGGAUCGCAGCCGGGCGAGCCAAGUACAUGGCGUACAGCCGCCAACAACUGACCGAGAGAACGGCGCUGGGGGACGAGACGGACCGGCGGGACUUCUUCUACCACCUCCUCAAGGCGCGUGACCCGGAAACCGGGGAGGGCUUCUCGACUCCCGAACUCUGGGGUGAAUCCAACCUUCUCAUCAUUGCAGGCUCAGACACAACCUCCACAGCCAUGGCCGCAACUCUCUUCUACCUCGUCCGGCACCCGGCCGCCCUCGCCAAGGUAACAGCCGAAGUCCGCUCCAAGUUCGCCUCGCUCGAGGAGAUCCACCAGGGCGCCCAGCUCACGUCGUGCACCUACCUGCGCGCCUGCAUCGACGAAGCCAUGCGCCUGUCGCCGUCCGUAGGCGGCCUGCUGCCCCGCGAGGUCCUCUCCGGCGGCAUGACCAUCGACGGCGAAGCCGUCCCCGCAGGCACGAUCGUCGGCACGCCGCACUACGCCAUCCACCACAACCCGGCCUACUACCCGGAUCCGUUUGCGUACCGACCGGAGCGGUGGAUCGUCGACAAGGAGGAGCCCUUUAGCGAGGCGCAGGUGGCGCUGGCGCAGAGCGCCUUCUGUCCCUUCUCGAUCGGACCCCGCGGGUGCAUCGGAAAGGGGCUGGCGUAUGUUGAGAUGAGCAUCACGCUGGCGCGCGUGCUGUUCUUGUAUGACGUGCGGAAGGCGGUGGGCGUUGCGGACCCCGGGGAGGGCAAGAUCGGCGCGGAAUGGGGUCGCGACAAGGUCGGUGAGUUCCAACUCGUGGAUACGUUUACGAGUCUGAAGAACGGGCCUAUGGUUGAGUUCCGGAGGCGGGAGCUCUGAGGGUGAAGUUCGGGCUGCAUGGCGACCAAGGCGUGAAUAACUUCAUCAGGAGAUGAUGAGAGAUGAUGUCAAGGUUAGCAAGAGUAUGUUUAAGGUGUACCACUAAGUUGAUUCUCUUCCAAGCGUCAAAAGCAAGAGUUGGUAUGUGGUUGGAUGCUCUUCGCUGUCUCAGGAACACCAGUGGUGCCAAUGUCGUCGCCAGUGCUACAUUCCGGCGAGCUCGAUUCGUGGAGAAAAGCGAGGCGAUGCAACUCGGCAUCGGCGUCUUAUCGCAAAUCCAACCCUAACAUCCAGCGGGUGCCAG